CCCUCCCUUCCCUCCCUCCCCGCGGAUCGAAGAUGGCGGCUGUUGACUUGAACUUCUUCCCGGGGACACGAAUCUGGCUCACGCAGAGACAUGAAGACUUUUGACAAUCGGGCUUUUUCUCUUCACGCAAUUCUUGUACUGUUUUUUCCAGCUACAACAUCCAACAGGAGAAUUAAAAUUUGAAAACAAAGAAACAUUUGUUCAGAGAAUCGAGUCCAGAAACAUCGAUAGACUAAUUAAGAGCUGGUUUCUAGUAUGACAGUAUUGGUUCUGGAGGUUUACUUACUGUCUCUCCUUUCUCACGGAACCACGGAAUGAUCACCGAACAGAAGGAGGCCAUUUUAUACAUCGUAAGAGCAACUCAACUAAUCAAAGGGAGGAUUCACAGUCAGAAAAUUCAAGCCAAAUAUCCUUUCACGAUCUGACGGAACCAUCCAAUUUAUUAUCACCCAAAUAUCAUCAGAUUUUGAGUAUGGAAGGAGAAAGCACCGUUCACCCAGGGGAGAAACUGUACACGUGUUGUGUGUGUGGACAAGACUUCAGUCAACCAUCUGACUUCACAAACCACAAAUGCAGUCACACUGGGAAGAAACCAUGGAAGUGUGGGGAUUGUGAUAAAGGGUUCAGGUCCCCGUCGGAACUGGAAAUUCACCAAUACAGUCACACGGGGAAGAGGCCAUUCACCUGCUCCAAGUGUGGGAAGGGAUUCACGCAGUCAUCAACCCUGAUGUCUCACCAUCGUGUUCACACUGAGGAGAGACCUUUUAAAUGUCCAGACUGUGGCAAGUGCUUUAAAAGUUCAAGCAAUCUGGUGUCCCAUCAACGUGUUCACACUGACGAGAGACCUUUUAAAUGCCCAGACUGCGAGAAGUGUUACAAAAGUUCCAGGGAACUGCUGUCCCAUCAACAUACUCACACUGACGAGAGACCGUUUAAAUGCCCAGACUGUGGGAAGAGCUAUAAAAGCUUUGGGGAACAGAUGCUCCAUCAGCGUGUUCACACUGGAGAGAGACCUUUCAAAUGUCCAGACUGUGGGAAGGGAUAUAGAAGUUCCAGCAAUCUAAUGUCCCAUCGACGUGUUCACACUGACGAGAGACCUUUCAAAUGCCCAGACUGUGGGAAGGGAUAUAAAGGUUCCAGUGAGCUGAUAUCCCAUCGGCAUGUUCACUCUGAUGAGAGACCUUUUAAAUGCACAAACUGUGGGAAGUGCUUUAAAAGUUCUGGGGCACUCAUGAACCAUCAACGUGUUCACACUGACAACAGACCUUUUAAAUGUCCAGAAUGUGGAAACUGCUUUAAACGUUCAGGGGAACUAGUACGCCAUCAACGUAUUCACACUGAGGAGAGACCUUUUAAGUGCCCAGACUGUGGAAAGUGCUAUAAAAGUUCAGGGGAACUAAUGUCUCACCAACGAGUUCACACUGAUGAGAGACCUUUCAAAUGUUCAAACUGUGGGAAAUGUUAUAAAAGUUCAGGGGAUCUGAUGUCCCACCAACGUGUUCACACUGACGAGAAACCUUUUAAAUGCUCAGCCUGUGGAAAGUGCUUUAAAAGUUCCAGUAAACUGAUUUCACAUCAACGCAUUCACACUGACGAGAAACCUUUCGGAUGUUCCCAAUGUGAGAGUAGGUUCAGGUCAUCAUCCGAGCUCACUGUCCACCAGCGAACCCACACAGGGGAGAGACCGUUCUCCUGCACAGAGUGUGGGAGGAGGUUCACCCAGUCAUUCAACCUGCUGACACACCAGCGAGUUCACACUGGGGAAAGGCCUUUCAGCUGCUCCAAGUGUGGGAAGAGAUUCACUCAGUCAUCCAUUUUAUUGAGACACCAGCGCGUUCACAGUGAAGAGAGCAGACCUUUUAAGUACAAGACUGUGGGAAGUGCGAUAAAAGUUCUGAAGCACUAAUAUCCCAGCAAAGUGUUCACAUUGCCAAGAGACCAUUCAAGUGCUCUCAUUGUGCGACUGAGUUUGGGAAAUCAUCUUAACUCAUACACCAGCUUAUUCAUGCCCUGGAGAAACCUGUUCACUUGCUGUGAGUGUGAGAAGGUAUGCAGUCAAAUCUUUUUUCACCUGCUGAGGCACCAGUGAGUUCAGCAGCGACCUUGGGAUUGGACUUUGCUGUUAAUCACAUCCAGGGCUGAACCAUGUUUAUUGAUCACUUUUUCUGCUGAUGUCAGUACAUUCCACUUCAAUUUUUGCUGUCAGAAUUCUGAAUAAAAAUCACAUUAAUCA